AUGGCGACCGUAGUGCCUGAAGACGACGUGUAUGUAGCCCCGAAGAAAAGGGCUCUGCCCUUCAAGCGCACCGUCGCGCGGAAACAACGAUUGAGCGAAGAGCCAAAGAAACCCGAUGAGGACAACGACUUGGAUCUGUUUCGUCACUCAAAAGAAGUCUUUCCCGAGGUUCUCCGCGAAGCCAAAGAAGCGGAAGAAGAGAAGGAUCAAAGCCAAAAUGAUCGGAAGCGAAGGAAGCUCUCGUCGAGCUCAUCGAGCGACCCGACACAUUCCCGCAAGCAAUCGACGACUGCCGGGGACGGAUCCGAUGAUGAUCUAAUAAUGGACGUGAAGGGCAAGGGGAAAGAAAUAAUUCGACCCCGAAGAUCGUCCACACCUCCCCUGCCUUCCUCAGCACAAACGAUCCUAAGAACACCAAGCUCAAAUCGAGCAAGCCCAAAGGCAGCGUCUUCACGGAGAACCAGGUCCCAAAACCAGAACGGCUCACCCGCCCUCCCCGUCACCAUCACCGACGACUCCGACUCCGACUCCGACGCCAAACCCCCUACAUCCCUCCCCCAACAACAAAACGACCUAACCAACCCUGCAACCCGCCUCCGCCCAGAAACCGAACCACCCACCGAACUCUCCUCCCCCAUCGAAAUCCUCCCCAACCCCAACCCCUUCACCUCCCCCUCCCCCCCCAAACAACCCGCCGAAGCCGACUUCUCCGAAUGGAUCACCAAAGCGCGCGCCCUGCAAGCCGCCGACGACCAAAAAGCCGUCGUCAAGAUCUUCAUCAGCUCGCGCCUCCCCGGCUGCGAGCUGCCCGUCAUCGCCCAGCGCCGCCUCAACCAGGGCGUGCAGCUGCUGCUCGACGUGUGGGUCAGCCAGAAGGUGGACGUCCUCGAAGAGCUGCGCGCCCGCGACCCGGUCUUUGCCGCCGCGCCCAUCGCCGCGGGCCGGUUUUUCCUGACCUGGAAGGGGAAUAAGAUUUAUGGUCAUAGCACCCUCGCGGCGCUGGGGGUAAGGGUCGAUGCGCGGGGGGCGCUGCGCGGUGCGCAUGGGGAUGGGUAUGUGCGGGAUGGGCUGCAUCUCGAGGUGUGGACUGAGGAGGCCUAUGCCGAGUAUCUGGAGAAUCGUGGGAAGGAGUGGGCGUUGAAGUUGGGGGAGAAAGAGGAGGAGGACGGGGAGUAUGGGGUGGAUGGGAGGGGGGCUGGCGCUGGUGCUGGUGCGGGGGGUGGGGAGGCUGCGGCUGCGGCAACCCCGAAAAAGAAGGGGAUCCGCGUCGUGCUCAAGGCCAAGGAGCACGAGGCGCUGAAGCUGACGACCAGGGAGGAGACGGAUGUGGAAAUGCUGAUCGAGGCGUUCCGCACGCAGCGGGAUAUUGGGCCGGAGUGGUCUGUUGCGAUCUACUUUGAUGGGGAGAGGCUGGAGGAGGACGCGCUCGUUUCGGAGAUCGAUGUAGAUCCCGACGAUGUGAACCAGAUGGAGGUGCAUGUGAAGAAGGCGGCUAGUUGA